AUGGCCUUCUUCAAGUAUUUCAAGAAAGACACCGUUACUAUUCUUGAGGAUGAAAGUGAUAACCGGAACGAAGGUACCACAUUGCUUGUAGGUGUGCCUCUCCUAGCUUCGGAAAUAUCUGAGGUGGACAAUUCUCUUCAUAUUCCGUCUUGGUCUCAAGAGGUGUUUUGUCAACUCAGCAGCUUCAAAAAAUCCAAGUCUACAGAUAGGGACCUUCACUCCACUGUUUUAUAG